AUGUGUUUGAUAAUUACUGAAUACAUAAACAAAAUCAAAUCGUUCCUCCUGACGAAACUCUACUCAGCAUCAAACCUCACGCUGGAGGAGGGCAACACUGUAUUUAACAAGUUUGCCGACAUGGCGGCGCUGUUGCCGACAGUGCAGGCGAGGGUCGGCAACUUGACCGACACGCUCGCUAAGGAGCCUCUGUUCCAACGACUGAAGAGCGGGUUCUCCAUUGGUAGUCUACUGUCUUACUUUAUAAAUGUGAUCAAAAUAGGGUGUAAAAUGAGUUUAAAUCGAACAGAAUUGAGCAGUACCAUCGUUGUAGCCGAAGGUGCUAUCAGCCCAUGUUAUUUCUGCAAUGAUGAAUUUGAAAUGGGAAAACUGCAAAACCAUUUGAAGCAAUGCGGAAGCAUCUUAGAGCAAUGCCCGCUGCGCUGCGGCGCCUGGAUACAGAGAAAGCACAAGGAUACUCACGUCAAAGAAUGCCCCAAAAUGGACAAGGUGAAGAAUCGCACCGAGUCCACCCAUGUUCGCGUGGUGGACCCAUCGCCUCCCGUCAUCACCAACCACACGUGGACUCCGAAAACCGUUCCAUUAGAGGACUGCGUAACAUACCUGGAGAAGGAGUUAACCACGAUUAAACUGAUCCUCACAGAAGAGUCAAGCAACCGCGACGUCCAGUCUACCGAGCUAGAGAACCUCCGCUCUAAGUUGGUGCUGGUGGAGGAAAGGGCACAGCACUUCCUCUCGACCCUGGUCUCGCUGCGAGCGGCAUUAGAUGAUGAGGCGGAGAGAUCCGCCAACUGGGCUGCCCAGUUCAAACAUGAUUUGGCUAAUGUUCAACUGGCUUUGCAAGAGCUGCAAAGCCAGCAGCUGACCACAGUCAUGCGGCUGGAGAGCGCCAUCAGCAGCAUCGUGCACGAGCAGAACGAGCGGGAACUGUUGGAGCAGGCGCUGACGCAGCAUGAUAACCGGAUCCGGACCAUUCAUAAGCUGGAAGAAGUAAUAGAAUACGUUAAGCAGACAGUAGAAGAAGAGAGACAGCGUAACGCUGAGAACUGCGCAGCGUUAGAAGCCGAACUAGCGGAAGCCAGGCGAUCUUCGGAACAGCUCGCCCAACUCUCCACAUUGAGGAUGCAGUUACAACACGCUUCAACGGAUAACCCGGCGAUAGACCGCCUAGCGAUUCUAGAAGUAGCAACAGCAGACGCGCGCGCGGAAGCUGCGGAACACUCUAACAAGAUGGACAUCAUCUCGCGCGAUCUGCGCGCGCUCACCAAGAGCUACAACAAGCUGCGCGCCGAGCUGGCGGACUUCCAGACUCGGAUGACGCUUGACCAUCCGGAGAGAGGGACUGACGAUGGACACUUUAUCUGGAGGAUAGAUAAGUUCUCGUCACGCAUGAAGGAGGCGAAGGAAAAAGAUGCAGUUCUGACCAGCCCACUGUUCCGCACCAGCAAGUACGGAUAUACGUUGAAGGCGGAAGUGAAUUUAAACGGCAUAGGCAAGUGGCGGGGCCGGCACAUAACGUGCACGGUGCGGCUCGCCACGGGGCCCUACGACCCCCUGCUAGUUUGGCCCUGCGACCUCAGUAUCAACAUUGUGCUUAAGGACCAGCCUGCCAAUAGGAGCCAGGCCAUGGACAUAGUCAAAACCUUGGAGCUACGUCGCAAGUCAUCCAGACCGAUAGAACAAGACCCGAAUGAGAAGACCAAAUCUACCGAGAGCCUGGACCAGGGCAUCCUCCAGAUGAAGAGGCAGUACAUCUUCAUACCGCACACUAGCCUCGACAAGUUCGAAUAUAUUAAGAACGAUGUUAUGUUCUUCGAAUUUGUUGUCAAUCAAUGAUAGAAUAUUGCUGAAGCCUCGAAAAAAA